AUGAAGAAGAUUGGCAUGCCAACGCGAUAUGUCUUGACGACUCGACCUGCAAAGCUCCUCACAGUACAAGAACUGCAAGCCCAGGAUGCGAAGCUCGAGCUCCCCUCUGCAAAGCGUCGGCGUUCGAGCAAAUACACACCUUCCGUGAACGAAAUAGAUAUUCACGCGUCGCCUCAGUCUAUGGCUGAGAUUACCAACGCUUUUAUGCAAGCCAAAGUGGAUCUUGCCAACAGUAUGCUCGCUCUGGACCCAGAGAUUCUCCUUCAAGACAUCGAAUAUCUCAAGAAGCGUGCCACCACCUCUACCCCGGCGAAGCGACGGAUUGACCGCAACUAUCAUAUUGAACGAGACGGCCUCGUUGGCGGUUACCGCCUCCGUGGCUACGACCAGGUUUGGCACAUUGUCCUGCGGACCAUUCACUCCGACACCCGCCAAGUCAACCUCAAAGCGGCCGCGAUUGCAGAAGUCUCCUCAAACCUCCAAGAACUGCGCCGAGACCCUCGCAAGCACAUCGCCCACCAGGGCGCGCCCGAGCUGUCCGACAUCGCAGAUGUCACGGAGCCUGAGAGCUCACUCGCUCUCAUGAGACCCCCCUCGCUGCCAGCCGACGCAAAGUCUCCCACGAAGCGGGAGCCUCAGCCUUCGAGCCCCAUAAAGGCUCGAAGGCUGAGCGACACGAUGGUGCCUCUACCGCCGGCGUCAAGCCCGAGGACCGAGCCCUCGCCGACCAAGUCGGCUUCCCCCCCGUCGACGCCGUAUGUCGACACCCCGGCGCCGCGGAAAAUCGUGGCGACCUCGCCUUCCCUGAAGGCGACAGCGGCUACCGCCGCUGUAACAGGGUCGCCACGCCGCGAAGAAUCCCCCACCAAGGGGGAGAAGAGCACGAGCCCGUCGCCGUUCGCGCUCUCGUCGUCGCCGCCAGACCGACCAGUGGCCCCAACGCCCUCUCGUUGGAACCGACAGGAUCCCUCGACGCCCCUAACGGGGUUGUCCGAGCGCCGAGGGUCGGGUUUGGGCUUGGUGGACUCGAUUCCACCAGCGACCCCAGCCCUGCCCCCCUCGACGCUCAGGGGGAUCGACGCCGGCGAGGGCGAGGUGUUCAACUUCGGUUGCACCUCGUCCUCGUUCACCGCGCUGCCCAUGUCGGGUAGCCUGGCCGCCUCAGGCGGCUCACGGCGUAGCAGCGGUUCCAGCAAGGGGGGCCGCCGGAAGAGCGAGCCGCUGAUCCGCAGCCUCCAGCGGAGCCGGACGGGUGGGCGCCCGUCCCUGUCGCCCGAGAAGUUGUCGUCUUACGCGACUUCACCUGGUGCCGACACCGCUGGAGGCAGCCGGCGCGGGGGUGUCCACACCCCUGACAUGGCCAACACGCCGGACAUCAGCAGCGGCAGCUUCGAAACGCCCGCGCUCUCGUGGGGCAAGUUGACUGGCCGUCAACCUGCUCCCAUUCGGGAAACCCCCAAGAUUUCGCGCGCAGUCUUCAAUGUCGACGCUCGUCAGAAUCCUGACAUCUUCGGGGGUGCCCAGAGCGUGGGCCACGCGGUCUCGGCGGUUGACCAUCUGGCCAAGAUUGCCGAGGAGAGAUGCGGCGGCGCAGCCAGGGUCGUUAUCGAGCAGGCCAUGGACAAGCUGUUUGUGCGGUUUAAGCUCCCGCUCGAAUUCGCGUCCAAGUUCGCCGAAAGCCAGAGACAUGACGAAAGCCGCUUCACAGUCACGCCAUCGGCAAUAUCCUCCUCGCCUCGCGUCCGGUUCCCAGCUCAGCCGAUGAAUGUGGGCAACGAGUCGUCUCCAGCAACUCCUGGCCUGUCUUCGGAAUCUAUCUACGCCACUGACGAUGAACGCACGACGAGUUUCGACCCCAAUUCCGUGGCGCAGGACCAGACUUUGGUUGUCGGAGAUUUUGGAUCGCCGUCAGACUCUCCCGCUGAUGCGACGACGCUGGAUCUUCCCUCCGUCAACACCACUCGGCUCCUGCAAACCCCUACGAUGACCGGGAUCACAUACGCCCCCAGCCCUGGCGCUGCUCUGCAGACCCCUGCUCCGUUCCCUGCUCUACAAACCCCUACCUUGCAUUCUGCUCUCGACGCAACCGAGGGCGCUAACGUGGAUGCCUCGAGCGCAAAGAUCGCCGAGAAGGCAAACCACCCAACCACUUCUCAGAGCACCCCUACCUUUACACCACUCAACAACCCUGGACAGCUCUUGGCGAAGAACAAUCCCUCCGUGCCCGAAGCAGCACAGGAGAAGAGCCAGGAGAGUCAGCAAACGAAGCGCCUCGAGUUCGACAGCCCUGGGCGGGACUACAUGCGAGAUUUUAUCAUGCGUUCGAAGCCUAAGCGGCUCUCGACGACAGAGACAGGAUCUCCUAUUGCGCCGCCAUCAAAGCGACAGCCCCUGGUGGCUAAGAGCCCCAACACGGAGAGUCCGCAAAAGGCCAAACGCAAGGCAGACGAAGAUGAGUUGGCACAAGGGCCGACUCCACUUAAGAAGGGAGCUGGCCGCCUCACCAAACGGACGCGCCGUCACAAAGAAUCGGAGCCUGAUCCCAGUACUGACCGCCACAUGGACGCAACCGAAAAGUCAGAUAAACCUGCAAUGACGGACGAAACCGCCAACCGACUUGCUGAGGGCGCGGAUGGCGAGGAGGAUGCCGUGGAGAUGCAGGAAGCGCCGGUGGCGAGACGAUCCUCACGAUUGCGCAACCAGAAGCAGCCGACCAGUGCGCCGAAGUCGUCGAUCCCAACGGCUAUCAAGCUUGGAGCACGUUCAGGCGCAGGUCGUGGUGGUACUGUGAAGCGAGCGGCUCAGACAGAUCUAUCAUCGCAGACCCGAGAGAACACACGCAAGAAUAAGGGCAAUGCGGACUAUCCCUCUGAGGUGUUGGCGAGACAGGCGUCUGAGUCUGACGAGAUGGAGGUGGCCGCAGCAGACACCGACAACAAGAAGCCCUCUAAGAAAGGCACAAACGUUGGCUGGAAGGAGCCCCUGGUCGCCCACAAAGAGGAGAAGACCGAGAAGCCCAAGAGAGGCAGGCCGGCCAAGACCAAAGCGACUCUGGGCAACACAGGCAUUACGAAGCCCUCGAAGGUAGCCAAACCCUCUGCGACCGCGACGAAGGAGCGAAGCGCCCAAGUGGCAGCGAAGAUGGGGAUGUCGGGGAACGGCACGCCUGCCCGACCCGCACGCGUUACGAGAUCAUCGGCACGAAACAAGCAGUGA